AGGCUGACCUAAACUGAGGUGUUUGUCCUAAACAUCAUGGGAGAGAUUAAAGUCUCUCCUGACUAUAACUGGUUCAGAAGCACAGUUCCUCUUAAAAAGAUAAUAGUAGAUGAUGACGACAGUAAAGUGUGGUCACUCUACGAUGCAGGACCUAGGAGCAUUCGCUGCCCACUCAUAUUUCUUCCUCCUGUAAGCGGAACUGCGGACGUAUUUUUCCAGCAAAUUUUGGCACUGACUGGAUGGGGCUACAGAGUUAUUGCUUUGCAGUAUCCGGUGUACUGGGAUCACCUUGAGUUCUGUGAUGGAUUCAGAAAACUGUUAGACCACCUUCAGCUGGAUAAAGUUCACCUUUUUGGAGCUUCCCUAGGAGGUUUUCUGGCUCAAAAAUUUGCUGAAUACACACACAAAUCUCCCAGAGUUCAAUCUCUGAUCCUGUGUAAUUCCUUUAGUGACACUUCAAUCUUCAAUCAGACCUGGACAGCGAACAGCUUUUGGCUGAUGCCUGCUUUUAUGCUGAAGAAGAUUGUCCUUGGGAAUUUUGCAUCUGGUCCUCUAGAUCCUGAAAUGGCCGAUGGGAUUGAUUUCAUGGUGGACAGGCUGGAGAGUCUGGGCCAGAGUGAGCUCGCUUCAAGACUUACCCUCAACUGCCAGAACUCCUACGUAGAACCUCAUAAAAUCCGAGACAUCUCGGUAACCAUUAUGGAUGUGUUUGACCAAAGCGCGCUUUCGACUGAAGCAAAAGAAGAAAUGUAUAAGCUGUAUCCCAAUGCCAGGAGAGCUCACCUCAAAACAGGAGGCAACUUCCCGUAUCUCUGCAGGAGUGCUGAAGUCAACCUGUACAUCCAAAUCCAUUUACUGCAGUUCCACGGCACCCGCUACGCAGCCAUCGAUCCCUCCAUGGUCAGCGCGGAAGAGCUGGAAGUCCAGAAGAUCAGUCUUCAGGCCAGCAAUGAGCAAGAUGAGCAGUAGGUGGUGGAGUGCCGCCGAAAACAAGGAAUUGGUUUGGUGGUCUUCCUGUGUACAAUCAACCGUUCCCACUCUGCCUUUUUCCUUACGUCAGCCGAUUAUCACUGUGUGAUUCCAGCCGGAUCAGUAGUGAACUACCCACGGAGAGUCGCCUCCAGCAGCGUAACGGGAUAGAUCUGUUUCCUUUUUAGUCUUUGAAUUCAAGGAAGCAUCUUUGAAGACUACAGUUUUAAAAACAAAAGACAUUUUUGCUACCAAAGUCCUUCACUGUCAUAUUCUUAAGCAGAACAGUAUUUCUUUUUUUUAUAUUUUCCACUCAGCUGUUUAUAUUGCCACCUGCAGAUCGUGUACUUAUAAGCUGACAUAUAUUUUUGUUGAAGAUUUUGGGUUGAAAGACGUUUAAGUGCCAAUGUUGCUGUCACUUACUUGUUUCAUGUGUUGCAAGUUUGAACAUAAAAGCCUUUGAAUUUUUAACUUUUCUUGCUGUUUAAAAAUGGUUUUCAAUAAAACUUCACUUCCGGCC